AUGUCGUCAAGCUCUCGGACCGAGGAGGAGGACAGAGAUGUCCGACUACACGCUGAAGGAGGCAACGAGCCAAUUUGGUGGAAAUAUACUCUGGUUGCGGAGGUGCUGGUGGUAAUCUUCCUGCUCUCUUGCGCCUAUAUGGGAAGCACCAGGGAGUCGCAGCAGACACCAAUAACAUCCGGAUCGUCGGUAUCGCCAGUACCGCCACCUACCGCUCCUUCAUCGGCCGCCGGCACCAAUCUCAAUAUCAAUUCCAGACGGCAAGCGCUCACGCCGAACAUCGACAUCGCCUGUGGGCUCCACCUCCGGUGGUCCGCAGUUUCGCUGCAAGAGCCAUACCAGUUCACGCUAUACGAUAUUGUAGGCGUUUACGCCACUUGGGAGUCCAUGGGGUUUGAAGAUUUCACAGAUGCGGUAACGUUUGAAAGAGUUGUUUUAGACACCCUCACCCGAGCAGCCAGGUCCUCUGAGCAGCUGCCCCAAGACCAGAAGGGCUGCUCCUGUUUGGAGGAUGACUCCACCGCCAGCGAUGGGAACAUGAGUGGAGGAGGACAUUCCUGCCGCCCAACCCCGGAGUUUACGAUGCAUGAUUCCAAGUUUACCAUCCAGAUCUCCGCAGCAGACUUCCUCCUCGACAAGAAACGCAAAGCGUGGUACGACAGGUCUUUUGCGCCGCUCACCAAAGCGGGGACAACUUUCCAUCAGGUCUCUGAUCCGGAAUCUGCCUCUUCCACAUCCACAAUCCCGUGGGCUCUCCGCAGAGAAAAUCCGGACCUGGAGCGCAACACUGACCGCCAAAAAAGGAUUGAUGUUGCGGAUAUGAAGGCGGCGUGUGCAAAUAUUUGGGACAGGCUUAAUGAGGCUCUGCUCCUCAACGUUAGUGAAGUGUGA